AUGGCAGUGAUCAGCGACGACAAUCCGGUUAAAAAGGAAUUUUUGCUUCCUGGGGACAUUGUGUCCCUGAUCACGUCGCUUUUGUCGCUUCCACUUAUUGCUGUAUUCUUCUACCAGAGAUGGCAGUGGCAACGGUGGCAACGCUGUCAUAGCAACUUGGCGACUGGGACACAAUGGACGGUAGCGACGAUAACUUUACUGGUUGUGAGUCUUUCUCUCAUACUGCAUGGCAUCGGAAUCGGUUCGCUGACCAAGACGAUACGUAGAGCUAUGUCACAGCUUUCCUCUUCGUCCUCAUCCUCACCGUCCUCCUCCACAUCCGCCCAGGGGAGAAUUUGGGCUUAUGCGACGCUACGAUCCUGCUGUGUACAAGAAAGACGUCAGACCACAGCUUACGACCACAUCCGCUGAUGGAACUGCAGGCUUGACCUUAUACGUCGUGUCGAAAUCGGCGACUCUCCUCUUCCUCAUCGAGCGGGCGUACAUUAUCACAUGGCCGGUGCAGCCUCGAUGGAAAGAUACGGAAUAUGUUCUGAACUGUACAUGCAUCUUUGUGCCGUACUUGAUUGUAACGGUGCUCUGCAUAAAUUAGUGAGUCUUCAGAGGAGCUCUGUUUCUGGACCAGAGCAGGAGCUGAUUGCAACAUGCAAAAGUCGAGUAGCAAUGUACGUAGGGCACGAUGUCUGUGUUAUUGGCAUAAAGGAGUAUGCUCUGAUUCCGCUGGUGGUGGUGGAAGCUGGAAGUUACGUGAGUCGAACCCAUGACUCUCGUUGUUUUCGUGCACUAAUGGGCGUACCCACAGACAUACCUCACCCUGCGAUUCCUAUGGCCACUUAUUCAAGUCCACUUCGGAGGGCCUGGCCUCUUGCUUCCGCUUCGAAGAGUGGUCCUCCGGACUUGCAUCGGAACAGGCAUCACUAUGCUCUCGCUCUUGACGGUGAAAGUGUCACUGCUCCUGUUCAACGGAGAACCCGCCUGGCUUUGCUGUAUGACCUGCAAGAUCGACGCGGUCAUCGGCUGCAUCUGUCUCCACUCGGUCACGGCACCGGAAACACAGCAAAUCGCCGAGCACGGCUCGCCUCAAGAGCUGGGUAGAGGGCUUGAAAAGCAGACGACGCUGGUGGAACGGUCGGGUUCGGGGAGCAGGACUAUACCAGAGUCGUCGAAUGAGUGUAGUCUGAAGGAUGUGUUGUGA